CACCAAGGAAGGUCUGCUCAUAAGUGACAACUUUAACCUUUCGAAAUCCUGCAGCUUUAUUUCUGCUUGCUUUACUUUAACCCUGAUUCAUGGUGUCAAGUUUUCAGACGCAGGAAGCACCCUACCCAGUCUAGUUCUAACAUUUGAUAAACCGUCAACUGAAGUGUCACGUGAUCUGCUUUGAUAUGACGGGUCUGUUCUGCGUUAGUCAGCAGGUCAGCCUCUUCCUGAAGAUGCCCAUUCUCACAAUACUGUCACAAUAUUCUUACCCCCCAACUCAAUCUUAAUACCCUGGGUUAUUAAACAUUCCAUAAAGAUACCCAGCACUGCUCCCUAGCAUGCAAUCUGGAGGCUGGCAUGCACGCUGAUUGUGCCUCCUGGCCCCACACUUGGAUUUGCCACUGUAGCACGCGGGUAUGGUGCAGUUAAUAUCAGCACAGCAACCCAUGGGUCUUCCUGUCAUGCUUUAUAAGAAAAAAAAUUCCUGACCUGUCUGUAUCCCUCCUACCUCGACUGAUCCACAAAGACAAGCCCCCCGUUUCCCUUCACCAGGUCACCAGUCCGUUCUCAAUACGGUCAGCGGAUACCCGGGCAGUCUAGAGUUUUGGAUGAUGAAAUUCUGUAAAAUCUUACAUGCAUGUUCCAGUUUAACAGGGGAGUGUUCUUUAAAGAAAAGGAGCCAGGAAGGUUCAGUCAUUCCUGCAAUGGCAAUUUUAAGGAUUACUGCUGUGAAGGCUGACUGUAAAAGGAUCCAGAUCAGGAGUGUCCAACUGAAGGGAAACAGAUGCUUGGUUUGAAUAGGGUUGGGGGUUGGGGGGAGUUCAUGAGUGGUUUAAAUCAAGUUGAGACCAGAGUCAGGGGGAGAACUCUAGAUGUGACACGUUCUGAGAAAAGACCUAGUUUCUGGAUCUCAGUUUUACAACAGCAUGACCAGCUCACAGUAAACAGAUCAGUGCUGAACAGCUUCAUCACUUCACAGGCUGUGUGAAGAGAGGAGGGGGUGGGGUCUAACGGAGGGUGCAGGGUUCUCAGAUCCAGACAGCAGGGCAGCACAGCACACCACUGUAGCUUUAUUAUCCUAGUUAAAGUGACACACAGUACAGGAGCUCACUGGAUAGUCACCUCACCUUCUUUCUAUCUGUGAGUAAGGAGGAAACUGACAAAUUGUGGUUUUAUUGCCUUUCGAUGAACUCAAGAUGAUGCAAUUCUGAUGAAUUGAACUGAUUUCUUCUCGACAAGAAAUAAACAGUAUUUCGCUUUUUUUUUUCAUUUCUCUUUUGAACAACACAUGCAACUGUUGCAAUAUCCGGACUAGACAAGCAGCCUGCUUACUCUGCCUUUUUAAAAAUAUAUUGACAAACAAACUGAGCAAGAACAUUAUCAUAGUCCAAGAGACCAGACCGUUCGAAUGAAGCUGCUCUGCAAGAUCUUUAAAAUCUCAGGCAAUGACAAUCAUUAACUGUUCUAAGGAGCUGGCUCUGUUGAAAACACAUUUGAAAAGUGUUUUUUGAAUACAUAAGAGACACCUUCGACCGUGACAGCGUGUCCCCUGGUGCAUCCCUAGGACUGGCCAGGGAUCACCACCAUGCACUGUAAGAGGAGAGUAUGGUCAGGCCUGGCUAUCUUUCUCCUGACAGCAGCUCUCAUUGGGUUCUGUAUGCAAGUGAACCGCUACAGUUUGCCAGUGCACAGACACAGCACCGAUAUUAAAGAACCUUUACCUGAGAGCAACCAAACUUUCACCACAGUCCCUCCAGAGAGCCCCCGAGCCUGCAGCUGCACUAAGUGUGUCUCUGAGAAGAAUGUGUCAGCCUGGUUUGAUAAGCGCUUCGACUCCAACGCACAGCCCCUGCUCACUGCCAAAGAUGACAGUCUCCCUCAGUCUGCCCUGAGCUGGUGGCUGGCUUUGCAGCAAUCCCACAGAGAUGUGAAAGUGAAUGAAGUGGUAGCAGAGGUGUUUUCUGUGCUGCCUGGGACAAGCCAGAACAGCACGGAGGACUCAUCCCAGUGCAGGAGGUGUGCCGUGGUGGGUAACUCAGGAAACCUGCUCGGAUCCAGUUACGGCCCUUUGAUUGAGUCCCACAAUGUUGUGAUGAGGAUGAACAAAGCUACAACCAGCGGGUUUGAGUCGGACGUGGGGCGCAAGACAACGCACCACUUCAUGUACCCCGAGAGUGCCAUUGACCUCCCAGCUGACGUCCAUCUGGUCCUUGUGCCCUUUAAACCACUGGACCUGCAGUGGAUUGCAAGCGCGCUUUCAACCGGACAUAUAACCAAGACGUACAUGGAAGUCAAACAGUUUGUCAAGGCUGACAAAGACAAGGUGUCUGUAAUCAGCCCAGCCUUCUUGAAAUAUGUUAAUGACAAUUGGACAGAGCAUCAUGGGAGAUAUCCUUCCACCGGCAUGUUGGCACUGAUAUUUGCCCUGCACACCUGUGACGAGGUGUCCGUGUUCGGCUACGGUGCCGACGUCAACGGGAACUGGCACCACUACUGGGAAGAAAACAAAUAUGCCAGCGCUUUCCGGAAAACAGGAGUUCACAAUGCCAACUUUGAGACGGAAACCCUCAGGAAGCUGGCUGAAGAAAGAAAAAUCAGACUCUAUACUCCAGAAUGAACAGCACGUGCAAUCAAUAAAUCAAUAAAUACAUUGGAAGAAUACAAGCCAAACAGCAGGUGAAGUGCAGAACUCCUUAUGGGUCAUUCUUUCACUACUACAGACUGUAAACUAUGGGAGGACUUGAACCCCAAUGGAAAACUUAAGAAUUUUUUUUUUUUUUAAUAAAUGACAAAACUACCGUGCCUCUUCCUUUGAAGUGAAAUCAAAGUCAGCACUUUCUCUGUAAUAUACCUCAAAAGAGACUUUCUUUGUUUUACUUUCAAAGGACACUUGAUCUUCUUUCCUGCCUGCAUUGCAAUUGUGUCAGAGGCUGCUCUCAAGGGGUCGGUGAUGGCACAAUGUUUUAUUCUCUACACGUGUGCAGGAUUUUUCUCCUGGCAUCUUAUACACUGACUGCCCAAAAAAAUGUGAUCCCCUUGUCUACACUGUGGGCUAAUUUAUGCGAUCACAUGUUACGUGAUCCGUUAGACCUAUACAAGCUGUGUGAGAGUGUGCAACUAUUCAGCAACAAUCAUGGGAAAGCAGAAGGAUCCGCAGUGAGGUCACAAUGUGUCUAUUACCAAGACCACCAUGAAACCCAUGACCGGAAUACACAAAAUCACAGGAGCAAGUAUUGGUUAUAUUAAUUUAACAUGUUAUUAAACUAGUAAGUGGUCAUUUUACUGUCAAGUACAUCAAUACGUUAUUUUUGAUUUUGGUGUACCCCUGAAACAUGUUAUAAAAUGAAACUAAUGUCAUCUGUCUAGUUUACUCCCCCCCCCCCCCCCCCUGCA